AGAGGGGGCGGGCGGCUUGGGCAUUGUGGGCCAGAGUCCAUUGGAAGCCUCGGCAAAGGGCUGAGCUGCCAACCUGGAGAUGCAAAUUCCACCCUGACCAUUCUGGCUGUGCGGGCACAGGCAAAUUAACCUCUGACCCUAGCUCUGCUACGGUGCCAUGGCAGAGAAGGUGCUGGUGACUGGCGGGGCCGGCUACAUCGGCAGCCACACGGUGCUAGAGCUGCUGGAGGCCGGCUACUCACCUGUGGUCAUCGACAACUUCCACAAUGCCAUCCGUGGUAGGGGCUCUAUGCCCGAGAGCUUGCGGCGGGUACAGGAGCUGACCGGCUGCUCUGUGGAGUUUGAGGAGAUGGACAUAUUGGACCAGGUGGCCCUACAGUGUCUCUUCAAGAAGCACAACUUUAAGGCUGUCAUCCACUUCGCGGGGCUCAAGGCCGUGGGCGAGUCAGUGCAGAAGCCUCUGGAUUAUUACAGAGUUAACCUGACAGGGACCAUCCAGCUCCUGGAGAUCAUGCGGGCCCAUGGGGUGAAGAACCUGGUGUUCAGCAGCUCUGCCACCGUGUACGGGAACCCCCAGUACCUGCCCCUGGAUGAGGCCCACCCCACGGGGGGCUGUACCAACCCCUAUGGCAAGUCCAAGUUCUUCAUUGAGGAGAUGAUUCAGGACCUGUGCCGCGCAGACAAGGCCUGGAACGCAGUGCUGCUGCGGUACUUCAACCCCACGGGCGCUCAUGCCUCGGGCUGCAUCGGCGAGGACCCUCAGGGCGUCCCCAACAACCUCAUGCCCUAUGUCUCCCAGGUGGCAAUUGGGCGACGGGAGGCCCUGAAUGUCUUUGGCAAUGACUAUAACACAGAGGACGGCACAGGCGUCCGGGAUUACAUCCAUGUCGUAGAUCUGGCCAAGGGCCACAUUGCAGCCUUGAGGAAGCUGAAGGAGCAGUGUGGCUGCCGGAUCUACAACCUGGGCACAGGCACAGGCUACUCGGUGCUGCAGAUGGUCCAGGCCAUGGAGAAGGCCUCGGGGAAGAAGAUUCCGUACAAGGUGGUGGCUCGGCGGGAAGGCGACGUGGCUGCCUGUUAUGCCAACCCCAGCCUGGCCCACAAGGAGCUUGGCUGGACAGCAGCCUUGGGGCUGGAGAGGAUGUGUGAGGACCUAUGGCGCUGGCAGGAGCAGAACCCAUCAGGCUUCAGCGCACAGGCCUGAGGACCCUCCCUGGCCACAGCCCAGAGAGAGAAAGGGAAGCAACUGUCAGCUCUCCAGGUCUUGGCAGCACCCCAGGCUCUGGGGCCAAGCCUCCGCCGCCCUACCUCAAACCCCAGCCGGCCACACCGCCCACCAGGCAGGAGGCUAAGGGCUCACUGACCAGGAGCCAAGUGUCUUCCACGUAUUUCCCACAGGGCACAGGAAGGCAGCAGGGCCACUAAGAGUGGGCGGGCAGCUGGGCCCUGGGACCACACCUCCCUGCCAGGCACUGAACGACACUGCUAACAGGGAACUUUUCAAAGUAUUUAAAAUAAAAAGUCUUCUUUUACCAGGGCA